AUGCGAUCGGCAUUACUGCCGUUCCUCCUGCUCGGGGCCCUUUGUGCCGCCGACCAGCAGGUUCUGAGCCCCUCCUGCCGUGACCGUAACACCCUCAGUCUUGACCACGUCUUGCCGUCCACGGACAACAAGUCGGGUCGCAUCCGAUGCUGUCCCGAAGGCACCGAGUUCGAUGGGGAGGAGUGUGUCUUUGCAGUCCCCAAAUGUCCGGACGGGUUCAAGCGAGACGCAGAUCGGUGCAUUGCGAAUCGGCACCCGGACUGCGACCACGGAUACACCUAUAAAGACGGUUUCUGUGUGAGCCAGAAGCCCCCCAACUGCUCGGAUGGAACCAUCGUCCGCGGCGAUCACUGCGUGACCCAGGAUAAGCCUGGGUGUCCCGAGGGCUACGAGUUGCAAGGCAAUAUCUGCGCCUCUCAGACGCCUCCUCGCUGUGAGGACGGGGAGCAUUUCAACGGAUGGUCUUGCGCGAGCGAUCGUCCCCCUCAGUGUCCAAAUGAUGCCACCUUGGAUGGCGGGGUGUGCGUCCAGAACGCCCCUCCCAAGUGUCAGCCGGGAACCGAGUACGACAACCGUCGUGGCCACUGCGUGGCGACCCAGGGACCCGACUGUCUCGAUGGCAUCUUCAAGGAUGGCCACUGUGUCUCCAUGCAGGGCCCGGGCUGCGACCAAGGCACCUACAACCCCACCACCCAGACCUGUGACUGGACGGUCAAACCCGGGGAGUGUCCCCGGGGGACUCAUCUGGAUGGUGACCGCUGCGUGUUUGACCAGGGCCCCGAGUGUCUAAGCAAGGACACUGAAGUUUCCCGGUCCCCCAGCGACGGCACCGUCCGCUGCUGUCCGAAGGGCAUGGCCUAUGACGGCAGGGUGUGCGCCUCAGCGCCGGGCGAUGAUGGCAAGUGUCCCGAUGGAGAACCCGCUCUUCACGGCCGCUGCACGAAGCAGACCAAUCCCCCACCCGUCUGUCCCCCGGAGUACAAGCUGGACAAAACCCAGUGUAUCCUGCAGGUGGUGCCCCGGUGCCCCGAUGAGACCCAGCAUGAAGACGGCCAGUGCGUCAAGAAAGUCUCCCGAAAGUGCCCGGACAACGGCGUCUUAGUGGGCAACGACUGCGUCUACCGGGAGAAACCGGUGUGUCCACCGAACACGCGGCAGGAUGGUGACCUGUGCGUCGCGGUCGAGACCCCCGGCUGCAAGGACAACGCCAAAUGGGACGGACAGCGCUGCGUGCUGACGACCGUCGGGCAGUGCGACAAGGGCGUACUCAAGGGGGAGGACUGCAUCACAACAACGCAGCCGCGCUGCCCGGACGACACGACCUUUGACGGCGGCAAGUGCAUCUCCCCCAAGGGGCCCAGCUGCCCCAACAACGCCGUCCCCAGCAAGGAGGGCUGGUGCAUCAUCAGCCGGCCCCCAGUCUGCCCGGACGUUAAGACCCGGCUGCAGAACGGCCAGUGCAUCCACGACAGUCUCCGCUGCCCGGGCGACCAGAAACUGGUCGACGGCCGCUGUGAAUCGCUCGAGCAGCCCCACUGCCCGGACGACUUCGUCUUCCGCUACGGUAAGUGCCUCCGGACCGGCGAGCGGCGCUGCCCGACGGGCUACACCGCGCAGAACGGCGAGUGUAUCUCGACUACGCCACCGCACUGUGACGGCAACACGACCUACAACGGCAAGUACUGCUACGGCGGGCCCGCGGGCUGCCCGCCCAACACUCACGUGGACAACGGAUACUGCGUGUCCAACGUCGAGCCCGGGUGCAAGGACGGUUUCAAGUUCGACGGGACGCACUGCGUGGCGUAUGGUUCGCCGCGCUGCCCCGACGGGACUAAGCUGGAUGAGACCGGCCACGAGUGUGUCCUGGUGACGGAACCCGGAUGCCCAGACGGGGAGGUUUUCAAUGGCAAGCAUUGCGCUUUGGCGACCGGGCAAUGCAUUGACUUCCAGUUCUGCUCCACCAAGGGU